AUGAAGAUCUCUUCUCUGCUUUCUGUUUCUUCGGCUCUAGCUGUUGCAAAUGCACAGCAGUCUGCUUAUGGUCAAUGCGGAGGAACAAGCUGGACUGGAGCUACCACAUGUGUUUCCGGAUAUUAUUGCUUGACUCAGAAUGAAUAUUAUGCACAAUGCAUCCCAGCUUCUACGACAGUCAGCCUCAGCUCAUCUACCAAAGCUUCAAGUAGCACCUUGUCCACAGUGACUACCUCGAAGGUCUCGUCAGUCUCAACAACGAACAGCGCUGCAACGAGUUCAUCAUCUGCCAUCACAAGCUUUGCUAAAACAAAUGGCGAUGUUUUCACAAUCAACGGGAAGACCGAAUAUUGGAUGGGGACCAAUAGUUAUUGGAUUGGGUUCCUCACCAACAACGCUGACGUCGAUCUCGUGAUGUCUCAUCUGGCCUCUACCGGCCUCAAAGUCCUCCGAGUCUGGGGCUUCAACGACGUAACCAGCACUCCCAGCUCUGGAACUGUCUGGUUCCAAUCCUUCGUCACCGGCUCCUCGCCCGUGAUCAACACCGGCACCGACGGUCUCCAGCGCCUGGAUUACGUCGUCCAAUCCGCCGAAGCCCACGGCAUCAGUCUCAUCAUCAACUUCGUCAACAACUGGACCGAUUACGGCGGAAUGGCCGCUUAUUGCACGUACUACGGCAUCAGCCCCGUUACGGACUGGUACACCAAUGCCGCAGCUCAAGCUCAGUAUCAGACUUACAUCGCGGCUGUUGUUGCUAGAUAUAAGACCUCGACUGCGGUGUUCGCCUGGGAACUGGCUAACGAGCCGCGUUGCAGCGGGUGCGAUACUUCUGUCAUCACAACCUGGAUCAAGACGACUUCCGCGUACAUAAAAUCCCUGGAUAGUAACCAUAUGGUAACCAUCGGCGACGAGGGCUUCGGACUCACAACUGGUUCGGACGGAAGCUAUCCAUAUACCACAGGCCCAGGGCUGAACUUCACCACCAACCUAGCCAUCUCCACCAUCGAUUUCGGGACCUAUCACCUGUACCCCAGUUCCUGGGGUGAGGUCGACUCUUGGGGAAAUGGAUGGAUCACGGCCCACGCCACUGCUGCAGCAGCCAUCGGGAAGCCUGUCAUUAUGGAAGAGUACGGAUCUUUGACCCACUCUGAUGAAGCGUCGUGGCAAGCUACCGUUCUGUCGACGCAGACGGCGGGAGAUAUGUACUGGCAGUAUGGGGAUGAUCUUUCGACUGGGGAGACGAGUGAUGAUGGGUAUGCGAUUUAUUACGGGUCGACUGAGUAUGCGACGUUGGUUACUGCUCAUGCUGCUGCUAUGCUUGCUAAAGCGGUUUGA